ACUUCACCUUGUUACGCCGAUAAGAAGAUAACACUUCAACGCUCUUAUCUCUGCUCGGAACUGAACUCAGCUUUCGCAAUGGCUUCUUCGACAGCGUUGUCCCUCUCAUGGAGCUCCUCACCUUGUUGGGGUCACAGCUUCAAUGGUGGUGGAAAUGAAACCCUAAAAGUACCAGAGCGAAGGUUCAAUUUCGAAGUUGUUUCCCAGAAGAAAGCCAAGAAACUUCGAAAGGUAAUCUUGAAAGAGGAUGUGACAGACUUGGGUAAGCAAGGGCAAUUACUGGACGUGAAAGCUGGAUUUUUCAGAAACUUCCUCUUGCCCACUGGAAAGGCUCAGCUUAUGACUCCAUUUCUGCUCAAGGAAUUGAAGAUGGAAGAUGAACGGAUAGAGGCAGAAAAGCAAAGGGUGAAAGAAGAGGCGCAACAACUGGCCAUGAUAUUCAAAAGCGUUGGGGCUUUCAAGGUUAAACGCAAAGGCGGUAAAGGCAAACUAAUAUUUGGAUCUGUCACAGCACAAGACGUCGUUGACAUCAUCAAAUCGCAGCUUCAAAGGGACAUAGACAAACGCCUUGUCUCUCUCCCAGAAAUCCGUGAAACCGGAGAAUACAUUGCUGAACUCAAACUUCACCCAGAUGUCACUGCUCAAGUUAAGAUCAACGUUUUCGCCAACUAAACCUUCAACAAUUCAAGACUCCUACUACAUGCCAAGGUUUAGCAGCAAAACGCCGAUGCUGAUGGACCAUUGCACUGUGUUUGGUGUUUUGAGGUUGCAGGAACAUAGAGAAUGGGAAAAGAGAGUGGCCAGUUUGUGAAGUUUUUUCUUGUAGAUCUUUUGCUGCAUUUGUAUUUUUGCUAUUUUCUAAUGUUAAUUUUGAAUUCUGAAUAUUAAAAGAACAUAAUAUUUUCUUCUAGUUAUUUUUAUUUCCUUGAAGUUACGUUGUA